AGAGUCUGGCAAGACGACGCCAUAUUUCUCGAGUCCUGCCUAAAUUCCUAUAAGAACUUAAGGGACUCGAGUCCUGCCGGACUCUGUCUUGCCAGACUCAAUCUUAAGAGACUUCACAUUGGAGGAAAUCUUCUGACUUGAGUUAACCUUGUAUGUAAACAAACAAGACGACAAUGAGAUUAAAAAAGUCACGUAACUUCGGGUUUGUGUAAAUCGGAGUAAUGUUGUUUGAGGUAUCACUGUACAUCAGCAGCUUUUAUAAACAGUAUUUUUAAGUCUUAACUUAUGAUAUAAAUUAUUCUGUGAAUUAAUUUAUCAUUUAAGAAUGGUUAGGUUCAAAAAUAGAUAUUUUACUAUUGAAAUAAUACCAAAUAGUCAAAAUGAAAAACCAUUAACACUAAAUUCCUCAGCAUUAUAUAAUGCUAUAAUAAAAAAAAUUCAACAAUUGUAUGGCGAUUUUGGAGUAGCUGCAAUAAAAUCUGGAUUAAAUGCUAAAUAUUGCAAUACUCAUACAAAAAUAGCCCUGAUCAAAAGCAGACAUGGACCUCAUAAAUUUUUGAUAAAUGCCUUUCCAAAGAUUAAUGACAUCGAUGGAAAGUAUGUGGCUGUUAAAAUAUUGUAUAUUGGUGCAAGUCUAAAGCAUUGUUUUUCAUUUGUCAAAAAAUAUCAAGAAAAACAAUUGGAAUUAAUGUGGGCCACUUUGAAAAAUGACAGUGAAAGGAAAAAAAUGAUUGAAGCAUUUAUGACCUUAACUCCUGCAACGAAAGACUUAAGAUAAUCGAUCAUUGUUAUUGAUCAUAUCAUGAAUAAUCGUUAAAGAUUGUAAAUACUUUUCCUCAUAAUUUUUGUUUCAUCAUUAAACAUUAAUUUUAGUACAAAA